CUUCACACGUGCCUAAUUCUUCUUACACAUCGUCUUGCAGGCUGCAGCGGAGGCGGCGCCGCGGCUCUCAAGUUAGAGUCAAUAACCGUCCCGGCCCACCAGGUGACGGGCAAGCCGGUGGAGCUGGACUGCAACUACGACCUUGAGGGGGACACGCUAUACUCCGUCACGUGGUAUAGAGACCAGGACGAGUUCUAUCGCUAUACCCCCGGGGACACCAACCCGGUGGAUAUCUUCGAGCUGCCCGGAGUGUCUGUGGAUACGUCGCUCAGUGACCAGAAGAAAGUGACGCUGAGGCCUGUCAGCUUGCUCUCGUCCGGCAAGUACCGCUGUGAGGUAUCCGCCGACGCACCUUCCUUCCACACGGAGUCCCAGACCGCCGAGAUGCUGGUGGUGGACCUGCCAGACCAGGUGCCAACCAUUACUGGGGGACGGUCCAAGUAUCACGUGGGGGACGAGGUGCACGUUAACUGCACCUCCUUGCGCUCUCGCCCCGCCGCCUCCCUCAUGUGGUACAUCAACGACAAUCAGGCCUCGACGCAGAACCUGGUGGAAUAUACGCCAGUAAAUGACACUGAUGGUCUUGAAACCUCCCGCCUUGGCCUUCGCUUCGUGGUGGGCGCGAGGCACUUCCCUUCAGGAGAGCUUCGUCUUAAAUGCACCGCCACCAUCGCCGCCGUCUACUGGCAGAGCUCCGAGGAGUCUGUGGAGGGGCAGCUGCAGCAGACCGGCUCAGUCUUGGAAAGUAAAGGUAUCUACGCAGGUGGGAGCAGCAGUAGCAGUACCCGCCACACGUGGGUCUCAUGCCUCCCUGCGUUCCUGCCCCAGGCCUUGCACCUGUUCAUUCACCUGUACAUUUCCUCGCACGCAAUCUUUGGUCAGUAAAAUAUUGGUCUCGACUACCUGAGCUUCGGCCCCGUGGCUAUUCCCUAAAGAAGUCAGGUCUUGCAGGGUGGCGACAGCAUACAGAAUGCCAGCGCUGCAGACCUCGUCCCUCAUCAGAUUGUGCUCAACAAAUCAGUGACAGCUCUGGCGGACAACCGCCUCCUACCACCCUCUUGAUAACCUUUUGCAAGAAUUUUUCACAUAACGUCUUUCGGUGUCACGAGAGUGGUGAGAGUUACUUGAUGAUAGCGUUGAGUUUUAUACAUAUUAUAGACUCGCCAGCGCCUUUGCUCAUGCCCUCCUUGUCAGGCGAGGUUGUGGAGCUGUUUCCUCCCACCCGUUCAUGUGCUCUCUCACACUCUCCUUCCUUGCUCAUCCCUUGCUGUUUCCUCUCCUUACUCUUACGUGCAACAGUGGUGGAAGCGCGAGGAAAGUGUUCAUAUCAGGUCUUAA